GUGAAGCGAACAUGUGAAUAAAGCGAACAGUUCUCAGUAAUACUACAUACCCACUAUACUCCAGGGAUGUACUAAUCGAUAUUUGGAGCUCGUCUGAUCUUUGGUCAGCUCAGUAGGUCAACUAUUGAUAUAGAUUCUUGGAUAUUACAAUCGAUACUACUCAACGAGUGUCCACCCAGGGACUUCAUAUUAUUUAGAAGAGCAGUAGACAAUAAUAUACGAACAUGUGAUAAAACCGAACACUUCAUUAUUAGUGCAUAUUAUGAGUUUCGAUUCAAACGAGGUUAGGAAUAGCAUUUCCCAUGUAUUGGGAUUAAGAAACUGUCAACAUGUCGAAGAAAUCGGAUCUGAAAGCCUUUCGUAAGGAUGCCUUGAGUUGGCAUAACAAGUAUCGAGAUAUCCACGGUGUGCCUAACUUGAAGCUUUCUGACAACCUAAAUGACCACGCCCAAAGAUGGGCGGAGCAUCUGGCUCGUUCAGGAACAUUCAGUCACAGUAAUAACAGAGAGCUGGGAGAAAAUAUUGCCAUGCAUUAUUCCUCGGCAUCCACAGAAUUAUCUGGUCAAGAUGCGACUGACCAGUGGUAUCAGGAGUCUAGCAAGUACGACUUCGGCUCUCCUGGCUUUCGACAAGGAACUGGUCAUUUCUCUCAAGUCGUGUGGAAAUCAAGUAAAGAGUUUGGGAUCGGGAAAGCUAUCUCAAAGGACGGGAAGGUGAUCGUUGUUGGGAACUAUAAACCAGCAGGCAACAUGGCUGGCAACUUUCCAGAGAAUGUAUUCCCACCACUCGCUGAGAAAGUGGACAAGAAAAAGAAAAAGGAAGACAGGAAGAAAGCUCGACGGGGCUCUACCAGUUCAACCAGCAGUAGUAGCAGCAGCAGUAGCAGCAGCAGUGAUGAGGAAACAAAAUCGAAGGGUGUUUUUAAAAAGAAAUCCAAGAAAUCCAGUGGCCUUCCCAAAGUAUCUCGAUCGGAACAGAAGGCUUUCGACAAAGAAGCUCUGAGGUCACACAAUGAUUACAGACGUCAUCAUGGAGCACCACCAUUGGAAGAAUCACGCGAGCUUUCAAAGAGGGCACGAAAAUGGGCUAAACAUCUAGCAAAGAAUAACCUUUUCGAGCACAGCAAAGCGAACGACAUUGGAGAGAAUGUUGCCAUGCAUUACUCCAGCCUUUCUACUGAAUAUUCAGGAAAGGAAGCUGCAGCUCAUUGGUAUAGUGAGAUUCAUAACUAUGAUUUCAAGAAACCAGGGUUCACAAAGGGGGCCGGACACUUUACCCAGAUGGUAUGGAAAGGAUCUCGUGAAUUCGGCAUCGGGAAGGCGAUCGACCGUGAGGGUAAGGUCAUCAUCGUCGGUCAGUAUCGACCUCCUGGUAACAUCAUUGACCACUUCGAAGAGAAUGUUUUCAAGCGCGAUGAUGGUAUCAUGCCCCCACCGCCCCCUGAGAAGGAAUCUACCCAGGUUACUCGGGUAGUAAGAUCAACUGAAUACGAGUCAGGGCCAAGCAGAGAAGUCAAAUCUGCUGAAGUCAAUGAAACCAUCAGGAAGAUGGGUGGAGUCAAGUUAAAAGAAGCGGACGUAUCACCAGCGGACCUGAAGACAUUCCAGAAAGACAGCGUGGCUGCUCUUAAUAAGAUCCGACAAAAACAUUCCGUACCAAAACUCAAGCAAUCGGAUGAACUGGAAAGAAGAGCUCAGGAAUUUGCUGCCAAACUGGCUAAGAAAGAUGAGUUUAAAAACAGUGAUGAGAAAGACGUCGGAGAGAACAUUGCGAUGCACUACAAUAGCGCCAGUACCGAGUUUUCAGGUCAAGAAGUGGUGGAUAUGUGGUACAAACAGAUAGAUAAAUAUGAUUUCAAGAAACCCGGUUUCACUUCAGGGGCAGGACAUUUCACUCAGAUGGUAUGGAAAAACAGUAAGGAGUAUGGUAUCGGUAAAUCAAUCACAAAGGAAGGAAAAGUUCUCACAGUUGCCUUCUUUAGACCUCCAGGAAACGUCAUGAGACAGUUUGAAGAUAAUGUACUCCCCGCUAAGAAAUAGAUACUCUGAAUUUCACGGACUAGAAAGUAAUAUAAAAGCAAAUUAGCUGUUAGGGAACAAUCCGAUACCCGAUUUAAGAAAUUGCUUUUCAUUUUUUGUUAGUCUUUAUAUUAAACUUUUAAAUCCUGUCUUAUGCUUUGGUUAAGGGUUAGUAUUGUGAAUUAUGCUCGAGUAUCAUCAAACAUUACAAAAUUACUAAAGUAUAGUGGUAAUUGGAUUUGUUCAGCUGUUUGAUGUAUAAUCUGUAAAUCUAUCAAAUAAAGAUCAUUUUUAUUUAUAUAUGAUGUCAUUUACUGUUUUAAGGCACAUGCAUUCAUAUGAUCUAUUAUGCACUUUUAUGGAUUUAACAAAACUAAUGAUAGUUUUAAUGAUAUUUCAAUUUUUGAUAAUUUUCUAAUCACAGCCUAAGGAGAUUUGUCUGGAUCCAUACUUGAUGGCUGUAUUUUUUUGUUAACUAAUAAAUACAUAACAAAUCGAAUAGCGUAUCCAGCAUCAAUUAUGACAAAGCAAUGUAUGGGCCCUUACACAAGCAUAAUAGAGUCACUAUUGUCCCCAGACAAUUAUUGGGCCUAUGGAAUAAUUUGUAGGAUCUGCUGGAUACGCGCCUGAACUCAGUCAGGUAUACAAACGAAUAAACAAACAAGAAUAUAUAUAAAAAACUACUCAAUGAUAUUGAAAAUUACAUAGAUUAUUAAAACAUUUCAAUCAAUUUAUGCCCUUUGAGCAAAAAAGCAUGAUAAAAGGAAUACGUAUUUUUUUGUCUACUCGUUUUUAAUCCUUUUUAAUCAAAUUGGUGAUCGUUAAAGGUUUGGAAAGCUAUCGAUUUGUAGUUGAUAGCUCUCAGUAGAGAGGGUUUAAUAAAUUUUAAGUAUAUUCUAGACGUUUUUAUAUACUUUAGAAAGAUACCUAGCUGUUAUGUAUUUUAUAUACAUACAAGGACAGUUACAGGGAAGCAGGGACAUGCGGUCCCUGGUUCCCAUUCAGAAGUGAGAAUAAUGUAUUUAUUUCAGAGGAAAAAGUAACAAAGAUUUUGAAGGGAUGACCCAUUUUGGCUUGUCAAUUGUUGUGCCCCCCCCCCUUCUCCAUCUCAUUUCAGGAAUCCUGGGGUUCUCCCCUGUGUAAACCUGUAUUCAAAACAUCCGUCACUGAGAACGGAAUGGAUCAAUCAAAGUAAAUAUUUGGUCCUAUAUUGAAUUUUAAAAUGUUUUGCAUUAUAUCAUCAUCAAUAUGUAAUAUUGUCAUUAUUGUCAUGUUCGAUGUAAAUAUCAACUCUGUAUUACCACUCGUCAAUACCACCAUUAUCAUUAUUUUCAUCCUCAUCGUCGUCUUAAUUGUCGCCAACAUGGUUUCGUCAUUGUCAUCGUCAUCACCAUCACCAUCAUUAUCACCACCACAACCACCAUAAACAUUGCGAAUAUAUAGAAUAACAUAUAUGUUGUGUACAAAGUUAUUACGAAUUAUGUAUUGUAUAGAUGUGGAUUUGACUAUAUCUAAAAUCACGUUUACUCUAACGUGAGGAAGUUUAUCUCAGUUAACUUAACGAGUGAAUAUUCUAAAUCAAGAGUUGUGUCUUUUCAAUAAUCAUGUGCAAUCGUUUUUCAAAUUAUUAUCUAAUAUUUCCAAUGUUGGUCUUUCACAUAUUUUGCAUACCAGUAGCAGUAAUUCGCACACUAAGAACAAAAUUUGUACAUAGUUAAAGGGAGGGUGAGAAUGGGUUUUCAGAUGUAUAUCAUGAUUUCCCAAUAGUUUUCUAUCUCUGUAAAAAAAAUUGACUCGUAAAUUUAUUUCACAUGAUAUCAUAAUCAAUGUUGUUGAAGGACUUGCGUGUACUGCUACGUCUAUUGAUGUCUUAGACAGUAGAACGAUGUAUUUAAAGAGGUUAAUUGAGUAUAAUUAUAAAUAGAUGUUUUGCAUUUUAUUCCAAUAACAUAACAGAGAAAGUGGUGGCCAGAGAAGGAGAGAGAGAGAAGAUCACAUGCAUUUAGUAUUUCUAUCAUUUAUUUGACCUUGAUCCCUACGUAUUCUAUCUCUAAUAAAUUGUAUAUGAAGUUUAAAUUGAA